CCCCCGCUUGGCCAUCGCCACGCCUGCGUCCGACUCCAGAGGCAGCCCCGGCGGUUGGCUCCUCCUCGCUCGGCAGAGCUUGGCCGGGCUGCUCCUCCUCUCCUGCCUCAGUCGCCGAGCCGAGGCCUGCCCAACUUCAUUCGCUGUUUGCUGCCUGUAACUCGAGCCUGCUGCCGGCCGCGCUCCUGCUUCUCCAUGGAGGAUUACCAUAAGCCCGACCAGCAGACGCUGCAGGCCCUGAGAGACACGGCCAAUCGGCUCCGCAUCAACUCGAUCAAGGCUACCACCGCAGCCGGCUCUGGCCACCCGACAUCAUGUUGCAGUGCUGCAGAAAUUAUGUCUGUGCUGUUUUUCCAUACCAUGAGAUAUAAGCCGCAGGACCCCAGAAAUGUUAACAAUGACCGAUUUGUUCUUUCUAAGGGUCAUGCAGCACCAAUCUUGUAUGCUGUCUGGGCAGAAGCAGGUUUCCUCCACGAAUCAGAAUUGUUAAACCUGAGGAAAAUUGAUUCCAUUUUGGAAGGACAUCCUGUGCCACUACCAAAUCGUAUUAAUAAAUGCAGUAAACAGCCAUCAAAUAAGACAGGGAAGGAGAAAAACAGUAAUCCUCAUUCAAAGUAUCUUCAGGGUACUCCAGAAGACCUGAAGGGCUAUCGAGUUUAUUGUGUUCUUGGAGAUGGAGAAUUGUCUGAAGGCUCAGUUUGGGAAGCAAUGGCCUUUGCUGGGUUCUACAAACUGGAUAAUUUGGUUGCUAUUCUUGACAUUAACCGACUUGGACAAAGUGACCCAGCUCCUCUGCAGCAUCAUGUUGAAAUCUACCAAAAACGUUGUGAAGCCUUUGGCUGGCAUGCUAUCAUUGUUGAUGGGCACAGUGUGGAGGAGCUUUGUAAAGCUUUUGGCCAGGCCAAGCAUCAACCAACUGCAAUUAUUGCCAAGACUUAUAAAGGCAAAGGAAUAACAGGUAUCGAAGAUAAGGAAAACUGGCAUGGCAAGCCUCUUCCCAAAAACAUGGCUGAGCAAAUCAUUCAAGAGAUUGACGAAAGGAUCCAGAACAAGAAGAGGCUUUCUCCGGCUUUCCCACAAGAAGAUGCACCAAUAGUUAGCAUCAGAAAUGUUAGGAUGCCCUCCCCACCCAAUUACAAGAUGGGAGAGAAGGUAGCUUCUCGCAAAGCUUAUGGCCUGGCUCUUGCAAAACUAGGCCAUGCAUCUGACCGGGUGAUUGCUUUGGACGGGGAUACAAAAAAUUCCACUUUCUCUGAGCUGUUCAAAAAGGAGCAUCCCAGCCGAUUUAUUGAGUGUUACAUCGCUGAACAGAACAUGGUGAGUGUUGCAGUCGGUUGUGCUGCUCGUGACAGAAAUGUUGUCUUUGUCAGCACCUUUGCCACAUUUUACACUAGGGCCUUUGAUCAGAUCCGUAUGGCAGCCAUUUCUGAGAGCAACAUCAAUCUCUGUGGAUCUCACUGUGGUGUUUCCAUUGGUGAGGAUGGACCUUCACAGAUGGCUCUGGAAGAUCUGGGCAUGUUUCGUACCAUUCCUAAUGCAACAGUCUUCUAUCCUAGUGAUGCUGUAUCUACUGAAAAGGCGGUUGAACUGGCUGCAAAUACUAAGGGCAUAUGUUUCAUAAGGACUAGUCGUCCAGAAAAUGCUGUGAUUUACAGCAGCAAUGAGGACUUCCGUAUUGGACAAGCCAAGGUCGUGUUCAAGAGCAAGGAUGAUCAGGUUACAGUGAUCGGAGCAGGAGUGACUCUGCACGAGGCUCUUGCUGCAGCCGAGCAACUGAAGAAAGAAAGAAUCUCCAUCAGAGUGAUCGACCCAUUCACUAUAAAACCUCUGGAUAAAAAAACAAUACUUGAAAACGCAAGAGCAACCAAAGGCAGAAUUAUCACUGUGGAAGACCAUUAUUAUGAAGGUGGCAUUGGAGAGGCCGUCUGUGCUGCUGUGGUUGGAGAACCUGGGAUCACGGUCAGUCGCUUGGCAGUGUCCCACGUACCAAGAAGUGGAAAGCCAGCUGAGCUGCUCAGGAUGUUCGGCAUUGAUAAGGAGGCCAUUAUUCAGGCUGUGAAGAUGGCAGUGUCCAAAUCAAGGAAUGCGGAGUAGUUUGAAUUGUAGGCCCGCUGGAUUACGCUGGAGCGGCGUUUGGGGAGGGGAACAAGUAUUGUUAAGUUUCAAACACAUGUUUAAAAUGAUAUGCAGAGUUUUAAUGACAGAAUUUGAAUAAAAAAAUUAAAGUUUUGGGAGAAAAA